UCGCUGUUGGGCAACGUCAGCAUCCGGGAACUGCAAAUACGGAGCUGGGAGGGAAUGUCCUGAACACACAGAUAACUGGGACCUGCUCCUGGCCCUGGGCUCCCUGCCUGUGCCCCUCACUCCCGACCUGCAGCCCCCACUGGCUCAGUCCUGCUGGCCCCCCUCACUUCUGCCCCAGAGCCCUGACAUCCCAGCCCUGACGGCCCCCCUCACUCCGGCUUCACUGCCCCACAGACCCAGCCCUGCCAGCCCCUCUCACUCCCACCCGACAGCCCCAUCAGCCCAGCCCUGCUGUCUCCUCUCACUCCUACCCCACAGCCCCACCGGCCCAGCUCUGCUGGUGCCCCUCACUCCUGACCCACAGCCCCUGCCAGCCCAGCCCUGCCCUGCCCUGCCUGCACUCCUCACUCCCAACCUGCAGCCAUUGCUAGCCCAGGAAUCCCUCAUUGAAUGUUGAUUUCUAGCAUGCUGCAUAAUCCUGCAAUUCUAUUACCCACAACCACACAGAAACUCAGGGCCCCCCCCAACCCCACUCCCCUCACAGAGGCAGGGCAAGAACCCAGGAGUCCUGACUCCCAGCCUGCCUGCUCUAACCCACCAGACCCCACUCCCCUCACAAAGCCGGGGAGAGAACCCAGGAGUCCUGGCUCCCACUCCGACACUUUGCAGCACUGACACACAAGAGGGGACCGUGCAGAGACCUCCAAACUCGUCUCCCUAGUGCCCAGCCCCCGAGGGGCUGCCCAAUCCCUGCUGCAGUACCCGGAUCAGCUCCUGGCUGGCUGAGGUGGAGAAUGUAGGCUCAACCCUCCCCCACUUGGAGCCCAGGCAGCCAAACCUAUCCCCACCUGCCUGGGUGUGGUCUGGACCCUGCCCUACUUAACCAGCUGAGUCAGGAGAAAGCUAAGCUGUGUUGUCUGUGCCUAGCUGCUGUUGUUGCUGCUCUGGCCUAGGGACCCGCCCCCCAGACGCGGUUCCGGGAUGCAGCCAGUGACCACCGGCCUCCUGCUGCUCUUGGCAGCGUUUCCUGCCCUGAAGGCUGAACACCCCACGGAUCCACCAAGCCCCUUCUUUUAUGACUGGCACCACCUGCGGGUCGGGGGGCUGAUCGCCGCUGGCGUUAUCUGCACCCUGGGGAUUGUUGUGCUGCUCAGUGGAAAAUGCAAAUGCAAAUUUAACCGCAAAGCCAGCCGGCGACCAAAUGAGCCCCCGCACCUCAUCACCCCUGGCACCACCAGUGACUGCUGAACCAGGAUGGUCCCGGUGCCAGGUCUCGCCCGGGGCGCUGGCUCCUUGCUGGGACGUCCCAUCCCCCCCACCCUCCCCAUCUAGGGAAGUGGGAGGGGGAGAAGCUUUUUUUUUUUUUAACUGAACUUUCCACUCUGUGGAAUAAAAGUCUCCUGAGCUUGAAA